GGAUUAUCUGUGAAUGGCGGUCACAUGACCGGAGGCUACCUCAUCCUUCUCCCUCUGGCUGCACGUUUCUUCCUGUUGGCACGUAUCUCGAGCCAUCCAGUUGCCCCCAUAGCUGAGAAACACACAAUAUCAUCAUAUUGCUUCCACAGGUCUCCCGCUCACCCUGUGCUCAGUGAUCGCCUCAGGCUGCUCAGGGCGUGCUCAGAUCUACUCAGUGAGCAAAAAGCAGCUAGGGGUGAGCACUAAAACGGAAAGAGUAGGCCAUUAACGGUCCUAGAAAAUCAAGUACAUAUGAGAACAGUCGCUUGGUCCCAUGCGAUAUGCUCGGCGAUCGGCC